AACAUCCAACCCUUUUCUUUUAAACAGCUUGAGUGUUUUAAAAAAAGGAGCCUGAAGAGCAGGGGGCCAUGUUUGAAAAGAAAAAGUAAGAGAGAAAGGGUAAGAGAAAAGGAGAAACGAAGAAGGACUGGACAGAAGAAAAACUUUUGAAAAGACUGAUCGAGCCGCUAGGGAGCCCGCAGACCAGUGAGAGAGACACACAGAGAGAGAGCGAGAUCGGUACUCCCACACGCGAGCUCUGCUGGGAAAGUACGCGGAACUGAAUACCAGAUAUCGGACAGUCCGACACUGGGCAACAGAGGGAGGCAGCCUGUCCAGAGCAAGAUCGGCGCCCAACUAGACCGCCCACCAACGGUCGAGUCGCAGAGAUGUCCACGAAGGAGUCCGUUCCACAGGAGAAGUACAAGUUAGUGGUGGUUGGAGGCGGCGGGGUGGGGAAAAGUGCCCUGACCAUCCAGUUCAUUCAGUCUUACUUCGUCUCAGACUAUGAUCCAACUAUUGAAGAUUCCUACACCAAAAUCUGCAGUGUGGAUGGCAUAACAACACGCUUGGACAUUCUGGACACUGCAGGCCAGGAAGAGUUUGGUGCCAUGCGGGAGCAGUACAUGCGUGCAGGUGAAGGCUUCUUGUUGGUGUUUGCCAUCAAUGAUGUUGGCAGCUUCAAUGAAAUCCACAAGUUCCACAGGCAGAUUCAGAGAGUCAAGGACAGAGACGACUUUCCAAUGGUACUUGUGGGAAAUAAAGCUGACCUGGAGCAGCAGAGAAUGAUUACUCGGGAAGAAGCAGAACACUUUGCCAAGGAGAAUAGGAUUGUUUACAUGGAAUCAUCAGCAAAGAUUCGACAGAAUGUGGAUGAAGCCUUUCAUGAAGUGGUUAAAGCAAUCCGAAAGUACCAGGAGCUGGAAUCCCCGCCUAGCCCCUCCCAGAACACUGCGAAGCAUGACAAAAAAAGCUGUCCUUGUGUCCUGCUGUAAAAUGGGCAAAGCGGGGCAAGUGAACUUUUGUUUUUCUUUUUGUUUUUUGCCCUUCACCUUAGGCAGCAGUUUAACCUUCACUGCCCAGGGGUCGCUCUCCUGGUAACUGUUUGGUUUGGCACAUUCUGCAAAAUGUUACCCGGGCAACCAGACCUCGAAGUGUUCCCUAGCAACCAAAGAUUAUCCUUGGCUAUAGCAACAGCUGUAAUCCUGCAGCAGAACCAUUUUCUGUAGCAACAUCUGGAAAAUGAAUAGACUUGUUGCCAUGGAAACCACUACGACCGAGAGCAAAAAUACGCACCAGAGGGUCCCUUUUUUUUGUAUUUCUUUAAGUUUAGCACAAGAUCUCGCUCAGGUAAACUGACACGCCAAGGAUGUUGGUAUUGCAGCAUGCUGAUCACUUACAAAUCAAUGAACCUGUGUGAGGAUGCUUGCCUUUGGACACUCCAGGAUGAAAAGCUUUUUUUUUUCAGUUUUAAUUAGAAAUGGGGGGAAAAAGCUUGUAAUGAAAACCUAGCCUCAAUCAGACAAGCAAGAAGCCAAAACCCAGACUUGUGCAGUCUGUCAAAAUAGACUGCCGUGUGCAAGGAAACACAUCAUCCUUGAAUCCAAAUCUCCAUCUUACCUUACCUCCAGAAUGAACAUCAUCAAGUAGAAGAGCAGACACCGGCCCCGCCAGGAUGCUUCUAUUAUUUCUCUUCAGUGACCUUCAGACCCACGAAUAACAGUAGCGUGGCUAAUACCUGGAGCAUUGAUGUUUCCCUCUGUGAGCUCAAUGUAGCAUUUUAUGUUCAAGUUGCCAAAUGAUUUCCAGCAGUGUUGGGGAUAGUAUCAGUCUUAGUUUUAAUUGAACAAGAAUCUGGCUGGAUAAGAGCACCACAAAAGAUGGCAGCGGUCCAUUCAAAUCAAGGAUCAAGCUGUCAUUUUCAAUAAUUCAUUCCUUCUUUGUGUUGGUUUGUCAUAGACACUGUAACUACAUUUUCCUAAGAGUAAUUCGUUAUCCUUUAUUAACCGCCGUCAUUAAUGCCAUGACAUGCAUUUGUUCCAGUAUAAAGGGGUGUCUUAUGGUUCAUUGAUGCAAUUGGUUGCAUUUAAUACCACAGUUGUUUGUAUGCACACAAACACAAGGGAGGUCCUAUAAACAUCCUGUAAAACUGAAGUGAAUUUUCAGCUGUUUUCAAUAAACCCAAAAGAGUAACAGCUUUGAUGUACCCAUGUAUUAUCAUGGACACAUGGCAAACCACACAUGUCCAUUAUGAAGAGCGAGCUGGACUGGGUGUAAGCAGUCAAACUGAAAAAUCCAUAAUGUCCUUAUGGUAUUCCUUGGGAGAUUUGUUUCUCUAUGAGCAGCCAUAUUUGAGGCUUCCUAUCCACAUAUAACCACAUUUGGGGUGAGUUGUGCAGGAGGCUACUGCUGUUUCCCUCUCUUCCCUGUUGAUUGCUCACUCGUUCUGCCUCCAUGCUACCACUGAAAUUGGCUACUACGAGAUGUGCUCUGGUGGAUGCUGGACGUGACAGAUCAGUAGUACAAUAACAGUUCAAGUCAAUCAUAUGGAGCAGUCUCUUCAAACGGGACAGCCACCUGUAUUUAUGUAAUAGGGGGGUUUUCAGAUUUAGGCCUGGGAGCCCACUGUGGCUGCAGGUUUUCACCUUAGCCAACUUCUGCUUUAAAUUGUACUCCUACAACUUAAUUAAGUAAGCUGAUAUUUCACAGUUUAUAUGUUUUGAUGCCAGUCCAGAAAUUACAAAACUGGGUUUGUUCAUUUUUUUAUUGGAAUGUAUCAAAAACUUAUGUAUGUUACGUGAGGAUAAUUUAGUGUUUUUUAAAUAUGUUAAUCAUUAUUAUUAUGAUUUUCAUUGUUAUUCCAAGUGUUGUGGUUAUUUAAGCUGUUUUAUUUUUGUGGCCACACUGACAAUGAAGAAGAUGCAGUGUUUCAUCAUUCAUUCUCAUUUACUUGACAGUCUGUUCCACUUGUUUUUAACUGUCAUAAUUCAAAUACAAUAAAAGGUGAAUUGGCAGGAAUAUGACAAGUGAGAGUUAAGAACUGAAAGCUAUUUCAAACAUACAAAUAAAAAAAUUUCACACUAAGGCCCAGCUAAGUAAAGUUCAAUUAGAUGUAAGCCUGACUCAUUGAUUGGUAAAAUGUGGUUGAAACAAAAACCUGCAGCCCCAGGUGUCCCCUAAGACUGAACUUGAAAGCCACCAAUUUAGUAGAAGGUUCUGUCCAAAAUGACUUGCAGAUAGGUAGAUACGAGAACAGCAAUACCACAGACAUUAGCUGCCUCCUUCUAGAACUCCUCAAGCACGAUGGAGGAGAGGCCUAGGUCAUGGGUGCCACUCUUAUUGCUUGC